UAAUAAUAACAAUAAAACAAUAGACGUAUAGUUUUAUGCUGAAAAAUGACCGAAGAUUACUUAUUGUCUAAAGAGGAAGAGUUUCGUCAAUUGAACAAGCAGCUUGAGCACAAGGCACAAGAUUUGGUGAAAGAAAUAGAUUCUGUUAUCAAUACUUGUAAUAACGGGAAACACACUGUUUCUAACGCGGAAACGGAUUAUGUAAAUCGUAUGAGAAAUCAAAUAGAUUGUUCAAGAAAUGAAAAUAACGCGCAGUCAUCGAUCAGAAGAAACUGCUCCUCGUCUUUAUCGCAAAUUUUCGACCAGUUCACCACGACCAGUUCGAAACCGAACGUAGAAAUAGAAAGGAGCACAAACGAGGAUGAAGCUUUUAAAAGAACGACCUUGGCAAACAAAGCAGUUCUCAAUACUUUCAAAGCAAAAAUAGACAUGUUACAAGAUGAGUUACAUACGUUGAGAAUCGAGUACAGAAAGAAGUGCGAUACCUGCAAGGACUUAGAGUCUGAUAAUAAAAGAAUUGAAACCCUGUCGAAGAAAGAAAUAGAGUCGUUGAAAGAGACCGUCUCAAAGUUGGAGAGUUCGACUAAAGGGUUUCAGAGCGAGUUGCAAGCAUUGAACACGGAAAACGCAGCCUUGAGAAAAGAAUUAGACAAGUUUCAGAAAGAACUAAAGACAGCGAGCCAACAAUCUAACAAUUACAUUAUGAGAUUGAACAGGGCUUUAGAGAAUAAUGAUAAACUUAAGAGUGCACUCAAGUGUACUGAAAUAGAAGAGAAGGAAUUGAAAAUCCAAAUGAGAAGACUCCAAGAAGAGAAGAGAUCGUCGGUCAGCAGUUUGGGGAAGCAACUUUCAGAGGUGAUACAAGUAUUUAAAAAACAAAUGUUGAUCGUAGAUAACUUGAAGAAGCAAAAUGCAUGCUUAGUGGCUAUCGGACAACUGGACUUUACGAAACAAGAUUUUUCGAGACUACUGGAUCAGAAAGUUGAAAAUUUGUAACGUAUUGUGUACAAAACAUUUAUUAAAUAACUACUGCUACAAUUUAUACAUUGCGAAAGAUGGAAUAACAUUCCAUAGCCAUACAUUUUAUACAAUUUUAUGUUACACGACACAAAUUUUAAUAACAUUUUUGUAUGAAAAAAA